AUGCAAGACUUGGCUUGUCCAAAAGACCAUGUUGCUCAUAGAAAUAUGCCAAUGAGCUGCAAAGAUGACGGUGGAAACCUCGGAAACACUGUCAACAAGGAUGAGAUAAAAGAAUAUCUUCAUACUGUUGAAGUAGCAAAUGAAGUCGGACUUGGAAGUUUGAGAGAUACAAUCUCUUAUAUAUCGAAUUUCACCAAGUAA